AUGACCGCCGGCACCAAGUACGUCGUCAUGUUCAAGCCCAGCACCAAGCCUGAGGUCGUCCAGGAUGUGACCAACCAAAUCAUUCAGGCUGGCGGCUCCGUCAAGCCGGGCGGCAGCACCACCAUCAUCUGGAUCUCUGCUGUCAUUCCCGACAGCUUCGUCAGCAGCCUUGGUAGCAAUGCCCACAUCGAGUCGAUCGAGAACGAUGGCCCUGUCACGACCCAGCACUCGCAUUAG